CUCUCAAACAGACAAGCGCUGGUCCAGUCCCACUAAUGUCAAGUUUUUUUCCCCAGACCAUAUUUUGCACAGUUCUGCUAUAAUCAUCUCGCAUGAGUACACAGCAGACAAGAGUCCGUGGUGUGAUUUGCUGCACUGUUUCAGCCUACAGAUGGAAAAACAAAAGCCGUUUGGGGAAUGGCAUGCAGUUUGCCGUUUCAUGUUGUUUACUUGUUUCUUGGAGGCAGUCCGGGGACAGAUCCGCUACUCCAUUCCGGAGGAACUGGAGCACGGAGCUUUUGUUGGCAACAUUGCAGAGGACCUGGGCUUGGAUUUGGACAGGCUCUCUGCACGAAGAUUCCGGAUAGUCUCAGGUGCCAAGAAGCAAUACGUGGAGGUAAAUUUAGAAAAUGGAGUUUUAUUCGUCAACGAGAGAAUUGAUCGCGAGGAACUGUGCGAGCAGAGUUUGUCCUGCUCGUUUCACUUACAAGUGGUCAUCGAAAAUCCUCUGGAGCUGUACAGGGUAGAGAUGGACAUUUUGGACGUGAACGACAACUCUCCCAGUUUCCCGUGGACCGAAUUCAAUCUGGACAUAUCGGAAUCUGCUGCGCCAGGGUCCCGAUUCCCACUUGAGAGCGCGCAGGACUUUGACGUCGGAUCCAACUCGCUGCGCACCUAUUUGCUGAGUGUGAACGAGCAUUUCCUUUUGGACAUACAGACACGCAGCGACGGAAGUAAAUUUGCGGAACUCGUCCUUCAAAACCCGCUGGAUCGAGAGCAACAAAGUGCGCAUCAGAUGGUCCUGACGGCGGUGGAUGGAGGCGCACCGGAGAGAUCCGGCACUGCGCAAAUCGACAUCACCGUUUUGGACGCGAACGAUAACGCACCCGUGUUUGAUAAGUCGUUUUACAGAGUGAAGCUCGCAGAAAACGCGCCCAAAGGCACAGUUGUCAUCAAGCUCAACGCGUCCGAUUUAGACGAGGGUCCCAAUGCAGACAUCACCUAUUCGUUCAGUGGCCACGCGCCCAUUAAAGUGCGCCAACUUUUCAGCGUGGACUCGCGCACGGGGGAAAUCAAAGUCAAAGGGGUGAUAGAUUACGAAAAGGCUAGGAUGCAUGAAAUUUACGUCCAGGCAAAAGACAAAGGCCCAUCCGCAGUGGCAGUUCACUGCAAAGUGCUGGUGAACGUUUGGGAUACGAACGACAACCUCCCAGAGGUGAUCCUGACGUCGGUGUCCACACCUGUGCAGGAGGACGCAACCCCGGGAACGGUAAUAGCCGUCAUCAGCGUGAUUGACAAGGACUCGGGUGAAAACGGCAAUGUGGACUGCGAGAUUCCCAACCAGGUCCCAUUCCAGCUCCACUCAUCUUUUAAGAACUACUACACAUUAGUAACUUCGGAUUUUCUGGACAGGGAGGCAGCAGCGGAGUACAACAUCACCCUCACCGCCCGAGAUAUGGGCUCCCCGCCUUUAUUCACCCGAAAGACCAUCCUGGUCCAAGUGUCUGACGUGAACGAUAACGUGCCCCGCUUCAAGCAGCCCUCCUACACGGUGUACCUGACCGAGAACAAUGCUCCAGGGGCCUCCAUCUGCUCGGUGAGUGCACUGGACCCGGAUUUUGGUCAAAACGCAUACCUCUCUUACACCAUACUCGAGGGUGACAUCCAGGGGAUGCCCGUGUCCACCUACGUGUCCGUAAACUCGGACAACGGGAACAUUUACGCACUGCGUUCCUUUGACCACGAACAACUUAAAAACUUCCAGAUCACCGUCCGAGCUCAAGACGCCGGGUUCCCGCCUCUAAGCGGCAACGUGUCCGUCAACGUCUUCAUUUUGGACCAGAACGACAACGCGCCCGUCAUCGUGUCGCCUGCUCUGCGAAACGGCAGCGCGCCCGGCGGAGCGGUGCCCAGAUCCGUGGACGCCGGUUACCUCGUCGCUAAGAUCGGCGCGGCAGACGCGGACGAGGGUCAGAACUCACGCCUGUUCUAUCAGCUGCUGCAAGUGAGCGACCCGAGCUUGUUCAGCAUCGCUCUGUACACGGGCGAAAUCAGGACCAUGCGCCAGUUUGGGGAGAAAGACGCCACGAGGCACAGAUUGGUCAUUCUCGUGAAGGACAAUGGUCAGCCGCCCCUCUCGGCCACUGUUUCCAUCAUCCUGUCAGUAGUUGACAGCCUGCCCGCUUCGCAGCCCGAUUUGGGCGACCUGUCACUCAGCCCACAUCACAGCUCAAACUUCACCCUGUACUUAAUCGUGUCUCUGGGCGCAAUCUCCUUCACAUUUCUGGUGGCUAUCGUUGUCCUGGUUUCAGUGCGGAGACGGAAGGGCAGACCGCCCGGCGCCGAGUCUGACCUCCCCUCGAUCAGCUGGAGUUGCGGGAGUCGCGGCUGCGGCUGCUGCUGCUGCUCGCGUGCGGAAACCCCCAGCUCCGAGGAGGUGUUCAAAAAGUCCAACUUGAAUGUCUGGAUGUCCACCGGCGCGUCCGCCUGCGCCGAGGCGAACAGCAACGGCGCUCUGCCUCAGGUCUACUGCUACAAAAUGUGUCUGACGCCGGAGUCAUCCAAGAGCGACAUCAUGUUUCUGAAGCCUUGCAGUCCGGUAAUGUCGGUUCAGCAGAACAACGCCAAGAGCACAGAUUACCUCACCUCUGGCUGGAGCGCGCUGGACCGUAAUGAACUGGCCAAUAACAGAGCUGCAACUCCAAAUGAGUAUGCAAACAAGGACUGGACCUUGACCAAGAACCAACGCAACUCAGCUUACAAGAGGUAUAGUUCAGCAGAUAUGGAUGGCACUCUCGCUCACCAACAAAAGUAUGACGCCCGUGGGUUUUCCUGCUCUGUGGCACCCCAGUACUGGACCUGGGGAAACCACAUGAAUGACUGCAAGAUGUCUCUUCAAGAGGGAGCAGUGCCUCACUACUCAUGGACCCCCAAGUACACUCAGCCUCACUCUGAAGCACCAGACUACCAGCACAAUGUGUACAUACCAGGCAACACGUCUGACCACAGCACUCUGAAGCUGGCGCCCAGAGGAGAACUGGAUGUGUACAACACGUUCUCUACCUUCGGAAAGAAAAAGAGAUUCAUCUCAAACUAUGAACAAUCUUUUGACAACGAUGAUAGUCUCAUUGUAAGUAAUAACAUUUUCUAAGGAUACACUAUCUGGACUGUUUCUGUUUAUAGUUCUAGUGAAAUUCCAUAUAACUCCUCACCACAAGUAUAUUUUCUAUUUGUGUACAUACUGUAAUAAAGUAUAAAUAAUGUCUAUUUUGAGUCAUGGUUGAAUUGGGGUUGUAAAAGCUUUAAACGGGCAAACUAGCAGAUCAUUUAUUUUAUUUUCCAGCCAAAGGGAGCUGAAGUAAUUGUGAUUUGGUUUGUUUGGAGACUGCUGGUGUGAUUGUUUAUCCUGUAAAAAUAAUUUUAGCAGCUGACAGUCUAUUACACAAGGUUCGUGCAUGUUCCAUUCCCUUUUUUAAUAGACACACCUCUUUGUCUCACAGCGACGCAUGCUGUGGGUCCAAAGUGAACUGAAUAACUAGCAGCCAGCUUCAUUGGCAUUCUAUUCCACUAACGCUAUAAAUGUUGUUUAUAAUGAAGCGCUGCCACAGUACAUCAACUUUCUUCCUAUUAUGUCUGCUGCAUUAAGACACAUGUCAUGUGCAUGUCAAGUCUAUUGGUUAGACGUUAUACAAUAAAAAAAGAGAUUUAAUGGCAAAUGCAUUUGCUUUCAAAGAAAUUAUUGUUGAUGGAUUGUUUUGCAAGUAACAGCAUCGCCGCUGUGAUGGUACUCCCUCGGCCUGUGCAGUGGACCGUCACAUUGACCUACCACAGCAAUCAGUUGACACUCAGGAGGGCAACAACACAGGUCUUGAGUAACUGCAAAUCACACACACCUGUUAUAGUACUCAGAUUGUUUGAUCACAAACAACUGCUGAUGUAUUUCAGUCACUGGUGAUAUCCAUUAUAGAUUUGCGUUCAUCACUGAGUGUGAAUAACUCUGUGUAUGUAUUCUAUGUAGAGUAUAUUUGUAUAUCAACAAAUUUGUCUUCAGCUCUGCAUCUGUUUAGUGAAAGAUAUAUUUUCAUUCUUGUCAUUUUAAAAUGCUGAACCAUGUGUUUAUCUUGCUCUGAAAUAACCUCAAGUGUAACGUAUCAUUCAUUCAACAACACAGUUGUAUAACUCUAAAAUCCUUCUUUAUCUGCAGUUGUUGUUUAGAUAUCAGACAUGUUUUCAUUUAUUUCAUUGAAGCUGCUGAACUGAUGUGUUUAUCCGGCCCUAAAUAAGUUAUUUUUGAGUAGAAUUUGUUUCUGCAUGAAUAUAUGAAUACAAUAAAGUUGUAAGAUGCUUACAUUGAGAUCUUUCACCAGAGGGGGUUAAGUGGUGUGACACAUUCAUUCAUAUUUUUGGCAUCAACUAUCAA